CCUCCGCCACUGUUGUGCCUCGAGUCCUGCAGACUGUGGAUGUAGUGAACCGAAGUGGACUUUAACGACUUUUACGCACGAGGGGGGGAGACACCACUUCUCAUUCAUUCGAUCAUCGACUCAGAUCAUCACAGGUCUGACUUCGAACUUCGUUUUCUGUCGGAUAUCUGAGUGAAGAUUUUUUUUAAAGGGAGAUAGAGAGAGAGAGAGAGAGAGCGCGAGAAAGUGCAUUCGUCAGGAGAUAUGAUACUCAGGAGAAGUGUCUUCUUGCUGCUCUUAUCAUUGAAUUUUCUACAGGCAUUACUUGAAGAUGGUGAUGGUGGCGGUGAGCAGGAGGACGAGACAUCAUUCGACUUGUUCGAAAUCAGCCAGAUCACACGCAAAACUCUGGGGGCCAAACAGUUCAGGGGCCAAAACUCAGAUCUCCCUGCUUACCGCUUCAUCCGCUUCGACCACAUCCCCCCAGUGAGCCCUCCCAUACUAAAACAAAUACUCCAACAGAUCCAAAAUAAUGAGGGCUUUGUGUUCGUGGCCAGCAUACGCCAGGACCGUGCCUCACGGGGCACCCUGAUUGCUUUGGAGGCCCCCGAUGGCCGGCGGCAGUUUGAGAUUGUGUCCAACGGACGGGCCAACACUCUGGACCUGGUGUACUGGGUGGACGGCUCGCAGAACGUGGUUUCGUUCGAGGAUGUGGACCUGUCGGACUCGCAGUGGAAGAACAUCACGCUCCACGUACACGGGGAGAAUGCAAACCUGUUUGUGGGCUGCAGCCUGAUGGACAGCUUCAUCCUGGAUGAGCCCUUCUACGAGCACCUGCAUGCCGAGAGAAGCCGCAUGUAUGUUGCGAAGGGAUCCAUCCGGGAGAACCACUUCAGGGGCCUUCUGCAGAAUGUGCGUUUCAUCUUCGACACUCCAGUGGAAGACGUCCUCCAGAGCAGAGACUGUGAGGUCACUAAGGAAGAUGAUGCGAAUAUUGUGAGCGAGAGCACAGAAAUCGUGGAUGUGAGCCCUUCCAUCACUACAAACAUCAUUGGUCAGAAGACGGAUGAGAUGGGUGCCGAUAUGUGCGAGCGUUCCUGUGAGGAGCUCAGCACCAUGUUCCAGGAGCUCAAAGGCCUUCGUGUUGUCGUCAGCAACCUUAUUGAUGGCUUGCAAAAAGUGACAGAGGAGAACACACUCAUGAAGGAGGCCCUUGGGAGGAUGAGGAACACUAAAGAGAAAAACAUGUGCUGGCAGGAUGGCCGCCUGUUUGACGAUAAGGAAGACUGGGUUGUAGACAGCUGCACCAAAUGUACUUGCCAGGAGUCCAAGAUCGUGUGUCACCAAAUCACGUGCCCCCCAGUGGCCUGUGCCAGCCCCUCGUUUAUGGACGGCGAGUGCUGCCCCGUUUGUCUUUCUAAAUACAGUGAGGAUGGAUGGUCCCCCUGGUCGGAGUGGACAGAGUGCACCGUCACCUGUGGGACAGGAACUCAACAGAGGGGUCGGUCAUGCGAUGCAACCAGUAACCCCUGCACUGGACCUUCCAUCCAGACCCGCAAGUGCAGCCUGGGCAGAUGUGACAGCCGUGUUCGCCAGGACGGCGGGUGGAGCUUGUGGUCGCCAUGGUCAUCCUGCUCAGUGACCUGUGGGGAGGGGCAGAUCACCAGGAUACGACACUGCAAUGCCCCCGUGCCACAGCUGGGGGGCAAAGACUGCGAAGGGAGUGGACGAGAGACCCAGCGCUGCACUGCCAAGCCAUGUCCCCUCGAUGGUGGUUGGGGUCCUUGGUCUCCGUGGGCAACCUGCUCAGCAACAUGCGGAGGUGGGGUCAGAAGUCGGACGCGAGAGUGCAACAGCCCUCAACCUCAGCAUGGCGGCAAAAAUUGUUACGGGGAGGCCGACGACAGUGACAGCUGUAACAAAAAAGACUGUCCUAUUGAUGGCUGUCUGUCGAACCCAUGCUUUGCAGGAGUGGAUUGCAACAGCUCUCCAGAUGGAUCCUGGGAAUGUGGCCCAUGCCCGGUCGGUUUCCGUGGAAACGGUACCCUCUGUGAAGACAUUAAUGAGUGUGAUAUGGUGUCUGAUGUUUGCUAUAAAGUGAGCGGAACGCAACGCUGCGUCAACACCAACCCAGGCUUCCACUGCCUUCCCUGUCCAAAGCGCUACAAGGGCACGCAGCCUUUCGGUAUCGGCGUGGAAUCUGCCAAGAAGAACAAACAGGUGUGUGAACCAGAGAACCCAUGCAAGGACAAGACCCACAGCUGCCACAAAUAUGCCGAAUGUAUCUACACCAGCCACUUUAAUGACCCGAUGUUCAAGUGUGAAUGUCGAACCGGUUACGCUGGAGACGGCUUCAUCUGUGGAGAAGACUCGGACUUGGAUGGCUGGCCCAAUCAGAACCUCGUGUGUGGUGCCAACGCCACUUAUCACUGCAAGAAGGAUAACUGCCCGAACCUCCCCAACUCUGGACAAGAAGACUUCGACAAAGAUGGCCAAGGAGAUGCUUGUGACAAGGAUGACGACAACGAUGGGAUACUGGAUGAGAGGGACAACUGUGCCCUCCUCUACAAUCCUCGGCAGUUUGACUUUGACAAGGAUGAAGUUGGUGACCGAUGCGACAACUGUCCCUAUGAACACAACCCUGCUCAAAUAGACACUGACCAUAACGGAGAAGGGGACGCCUGCGCAGUGGACAUUGAUGGAGACGAAAUUCUGAAUGAGAACGACAACUGCCCGUAUGUGUACAACACCGAACAGAAGGACACCGACAUGGAUGGAGUUGGUGACCAGUGUGACAACUGUCCAAUGCUGCACAACCCUGACCAGACUGACGUAGACAACGACUUGGUUGGAGAUCAGUGUGACAAUAACCAGGACAUCGACGAGGACGGCCACCAGAACAACCUGGACAACUGUCCCUACGUGGCCAACGCCAACCAGGCUGACCACGACAAGGACGGAAAAGGAGACGCGUGUGACUAUGAUGACGACAACGACGGCAUACCUGACGACAAGGACAACUGCAGACUGACACCCAACGAAGACCAGCUGGACGCCGAUGGCGAUGGAAGAGGGGACGCCUGCAAAGAUGACUUUGACAACGACAGUAUCCCAGACAUUCUUGAUGUGUGUCCAGAGAACAAUGCCAUCACUGCCACAGACUUCAGGAAGUUCCAGAUGGUCCACUUGGAUCCUAAGGGAACCACUCAAAUUGAUCCCAACUGGGUGGUCAGACACCAGGGCAAAGAGCUGGUGCAGACUGCCAACUCAGACCCAGGCAUUGCAGUUGGUUUUGAUGACUUCAAUGCUGUGGACUUCAGUGGGACGAUGUACGUGAACACGGACAGGGAUGACGACUACGCAGGCUUUGUGUUCGGCUACCAGUCGAGUGGGCGCUUUUAUGUAGUGAUGUGGAAGCAGAUCACACAGACCUACUGGGAGGACAAGCCCUCCAAGGCCUUUGGCAUCUCUGGCGUUUCCCUCAAAGUUGUCAACUCGACCACUGGCAGUGGAGAAAACCUCAGGAAUGCUCUGUGGCACACGGGCAACACUCCCGGACAGGUGCGCACUCUGUGGCAUGACCCCAAGAACAUUGGUUGGAAGGAUUACACAGCCUACAGGUGGCAUCUUAUCCACAGACCAAAGACUGGUUUCAUAAGGGUCGUGGUCUAUGAAGGUAAACAGAUCAUGGCCGACUCAGGACCAGUUUACGACAAGACGUUUGCCGGAGGAAGGUUAGGCCUGUUUGUGUUCUCUCAGGAGCUGGUGUUCUUCUCCGACCUCAAGUAUGAGUGCAGAGAUAAGACGGAGUUGCCAACAGUGCUCACAAGAUAACUGAAUCCAGUCGGCAAAGAAAUUGCAAAAAGACGGGAUUCUCUCUAAGCAAACAUGACACCCGUCAUCGCUUAAUCCAUUUCGACGUGAAUGGGACUUUCCGUACACUUCCAUGUUGUGCCUUGUUCCAUCCGCUGGAGAGGAAACUAUGGCUGAUUUCACUUUUCCUGGUAACUUAAAAAAAAAAAAAAGAAUUCCCAAGCUGGGAAAGAAAAAUGGGAGUGGACAAGUUUAAAAGAAAAAAAAAAGGCUCUGCAGAAUAUCUAACUAUAACUAGUGUACCUACAUAUGUCUACAUUUUAAAGGAUUCAUUGUACAACUACAUACUGCGUGUGCUUUCCAACCAUUUCCUCGCGCUCUACAACUUGUGAGCGGCUCAGUUCUUCUGACUGUAACAUGUUUGCGCCCUGUUUAAUCCUGCGAAGCCAAAUCAUUUAGCUGCCCAUUACUACUUCUCUUCAUCUUUUUCAUCCUGAAUGUGUAUGUUUGUUUUUCAUGGAGAACUUGAGUUAACAAUUUAAACAAUUUUAGCAAGUGCCAAAGAUGUUUAUACUAAGUCUGUAUGAUAAUUCCUCUUGUAAAUUAUUUAUGCCCUGCUUGUUUCGUUUGCUCGUUCCAGUUUAUGCUUGUAAAUAAUUAUUUAUUUGUUGACACUGACAAAACACAUUGAAUAUCACAAACAUCAAGAUAACACAUUAUAGUAAUGCAAGUUUCUUUUUUUUUAAAAUGCUGUUGUCAUGCACUUCCACUUGUUAGUUUUUCAGAUCUUUAAGACAAACUGUAGCGUAAAGAUAAACAUCGGCUGCCUUUUAAAUAAUCACAUAUGUUAACACAGCAUGUGUUUAUGUAUGUGAUCGCAGCUGCCAGAGAAGUUAAUUCUGGUGGGAUGUGUAUGUAAAAAAAAAAAAAAGCCACUGUGUUUGUUUCCGUAGCUGUCCAGACAGGGCCUCAUUGUCUUCAUAGUGAUAUAUCACUUUGGUACACGUGGAACAUUUUUUCUGGUCUCGUACUGUGCGUCUAUAGGAGCUCAUAAAUGGUCCAUUGCAAAAAUUGGCUGCAGAUCCGGCUACUGGCACUGUAGCAAGCAACCCUUUUCUCACUUAAUAUUGUAAUAUCAUAAAACCUUUUUAUCGGUAAUACAUGUUCAAAAGGAAAAAAAGAAAGUAGAUGGAGGUAGUUGGAUUGGUUUGAAAAGUAAAAGGGCCUUAUACCAAGUGAAUCCAAGCGCCAACAGCUGAGAGUCUGAAGUUCAAGUGUCGGUCACUGUAUGUGAUGGAGUCAUGAAGACCAAAAUGCGGUGAAAACAUUUAAUACAAACUGCUUUUUUCAUAUUUUUUUUUUCAUAUAGUCAUAAGCACCACUUGUGUGGUUGUUGUGAAACUUUCCAGUGUUUGACUGAAAAAGGAAUCCAGAUGAAGGUCUCUGAAAACAAAGUGUGACCGUGUGUGAGUGUGUGUGGUGUGGAUCGAGGACGAGCUCGUGUACGACCUCGUUCGCCUUGGCGUCUUGAGCGACGUCCGCGUUCUUCCUUGUUCCUUUUCCAUCUUGUCCUUUUUUCGUUCGUGAGUUUGCGAUGCACAAAAUGUAAAUGUUUUUUGUAUACUUGUGUUGUUAGAUAUACAUUUUCUACGAACAUUAGUGUAAGAUUGUUCUGUUUCAUAAAUAAAUCACUUGUACACCAUUCUGUUGAUUAUGUACAUGUGGAUCGACAGGCAUCCCAUUAUAACUGCUGUCAUAUAACCGACAUUACUCAUACAGUAUGAAAUGCUAACUAAAAUACAUUUUAAAGCAUAUGACUGGUGUUCAUUUAUAUAAAUGUUACUGUCAACAAAUGCAGCAAAAAUACAAUCUAGAUUCUCGGAUUAAAGCCUCUGCAUAUUUUC